GCCGUGAGCGGGGGUGGCCAGAUAAGGACAGUUGCAGAGGGAGAGGAGAGAGAUUGGCGAGAGAGAUAACUGAAGCAAAAUAAGCAAACAGGGCGCCUGCUCCAUCUUCCUCUCGCAGUCGCAGACCGCUUCCUUAAUCUCUUCGACUUUUUUGUAUCGUACCACCUGGUCUCUUCUCUUUUCCUUCACCUGGUUGUCGUUCUAGUUGUAUCCACCCCCACCAACAUUUCUUCCCCCUCUUCUUCUUCCUCUCUCUAUAUAUAUACUCACAUAUCCUCACGCCUUGAUAAAUCAUAACACCCAUCUCCGAUUUGCUUCUAUCCACACCCUAAUUCCCAGAUUUUUCACUCAUAUUUACUCAAUUCAAGAUGAGUUCUGAUCCCCCUGCCGCCGCCGUCAACGUUGGUGUUCCUGUUCAUACCUCCUCCCGGAGACUGCCCGACUUCUUACAGAGCGUCAAUCUCAAGUACGUCAAGCUUGGCUACCAUUACUUGAUGACCCAUUUGUUGACCCUCCUGUUGAUCCCGCUUGGCGCCGUCAUUUUUGUCCAAGCUUCUCAGACGAACCCUGACGACCUUCGCAACCUCUGGCUCCACCUCCAGUACAACCUCGUCACUGUCAUCGCCUGCUCCGCUUUUCUGGUUUUCGGAUCCACCGUUUACAUCAUGACCCGACCCAGAUCCGUUUACCUCGUGGACUUCUCCUGCUACCGCCCCCCUUCGCAUCUCCAGGCGAAAUUCACUCAGUUCAUGGAACACUCGAGGCUCACCGGCGACUUCGACGAGUCCUCCCUCGAGUUUCAGCGUAAGAUUCUGGAACGUUCCGGGUUAGGGGAAGAAACGUGCGUUCCAGAAGCUAUGCAUCACAUACCCCCCAGGCCCUCCAUGGCGGCUGCAAGAGAGGAAGCAGAACAGGUGAUGUUCGGAGCAUUAGACAACCUAUUCGCGAACACUCACGUCAAGCCCAAAGACAUCGGAAUUCUCGUGGUGAAUUGCAGCUUGUUCAAUCCGACGCCGUCGCUUUCAGCGAUGAUAGUGAACAAGUACAAAUUAAGAGGGAACAUCAGAAGCUUCAAUCUGGGAGGCAUGGGAUGUAGUGCAGGGGUCAUAGCCAUUGAUCUGGCCAAAGACAUGCUUCAAGUUCAUAGGAACACGUACGCCGUUGUGGUCAGCACUGAGAACAUCACCCAGAAUUGGUAUUUCGGGAACAAGAAAUCGAUGUUGAUCCCAAAUUGCUUGUUUCGCGUUGGUGGGGCUGCCAUUUUGUUAUCAAACAAAGAAUCAGAUAAGAGAAGAUCCAAGUACAAGCUUGUUCAUGUGGUGAGAACUCAUAAAGGAGCAGAUGAUAAAGCUUUCAAAUGUGUGUAUCAGGAACAAGACGGAGCAGGCAAAACAGGGGUUUCUCUCUCGAAAGAUCUCAUGGCCAUUGCAGGAGGAGCACUGAAGACAAACAUAACAACACUGGGUCCUCUGGUUCUACCAAUCAGCGAGCAGCUUCUGUUCUUCGCGACAUUAAUGGCGAAGAAGAUAUUCAAGGCGAAACUAAACGCAUACAUACCAGACUUCAAGCUGGCGUUCGAUCAUUUCUGCAUCCACGCCGGCGGGAGAGCAGUGAUCGACGAGCUGGAGAAGAAUCUGGAUCUUGAACCGCAACACGUGGAAGCUUCGAGAAUGACGCUUCACAGAUUCGGCAACACAUCGUCGAGCUCAAUCUGGUACGAAUUGGCAUACACAGAAGCUAAAGGAAGAAUGAGGAAAGGGAAUAGGGUUUGGCAAAUCGCGUUCGGGAGCGGAUUCAAGUGUAACAGCGCUGUGUGGAAGGCUCUGCGAAACGUGAAGCCAUCGCCCAAGAGUCCAUGGGAGGAUUGCAUCCACAGGUACCCUGUUCCGAUUCUUUCCUAAGAUUUAAUUAAUUAAAUUGAAAUUAAUAUAAUUACUUGUACGCAGUAGUAAUCGAUUGAUCAUUCGUGAUUGAUGAUGGGGUUCUAUGUAGGAUUUAUUGCUUCUCAUCACAAUCCCCAGCUGUAUCAUUACCACAUUAUUUUGUUCACUGUUACGCAGUUUUGUGUUCAUCAUUAAUGUGUUGUACUAUUAUCAUGCAUGUAUUUAUUGAUUUUUUUUUUUGCCACUUUUAACGUCAGAUUAUGCGCAUUUACUUUUGCGAUAUUCAAUUGAUGGUUUAUUAAAUCCGUUGGUGUAAUGUAUUUAAAAUUUCAAUUCUUAGAUAAAAUUGUAUUCAGCUCAAUGAAGUAAAAUAUAAUAUACUUAGAUGUGA